UAUAACUCAUAUAAGAUAGAGAGAGAGAGAGCAGAAUCAAAACAACCAGUCUUUGUCUAUCUUUGUUCCUCAUCCUCUUUUUGUUUCUUGGAUGUUUUGUUUCUUCGUUUGCUUUUACGAUCAGAAAAACAGUACCAUGUUUGAAAGUUAGAUUCAUUUUGAAUAUUCAACCUUUGACAAGAUGAGGAACACCCACAAUCCAUAACAUUGCAAAUAGUUUGGAAUCUCAAAUGUUUAGGCUGUGGAAAUGGUACCAGAAUUGCUUGGGGUCUCACCCAGUUAAGACGCAGGUGAUUAGCUCUGGUUUGAUUUGGGGGUUUGGUGAUAUAGCUGCCCAGACCAUCACUCACUCCACAGCCAACAAGGACAAUCAAAUUCAAGCUCAUCAGAGAGAAGAGGAAGAGUUGAAGAUCAAUUGGAGAAGAGUGGCUACAACUAGCUUGUUUGGAUUUGGAUUUGUUGGGCCAGUUGGUCACCUCUGGUAUGAAGGUUUGGAUCGAUAUAUUAAAUCACGCCUUCUACUGAAACAAAAUUCAUUUCGGUUUGUUGCUUCUAAAGUAGCGAUUGAUGGAUUUCUCUUUGGGCCACUGGAUCUACUUGCAUUUUUCACUUACAUGGGUUUCGCUACUGGAAAGAGUGUUCCUCAAAUCAAGGAAGAUGUUAAAAGGGACUUUCUCCCGGCCUUUGUUUUGGAAGGAGGAAUAUGGCCAAUUGUGCAAGUAGUAAAUUUCCGAUUUGUACCUGUAAGGUAUCAACUCCUCUAUGCCAACUUCUUCUGCUUGUUGGAUAGCUCUUUCCUGUCCUGGCUUGAGCAACAGGAGGAUGUUCCAUGGAAACAAUGGUUGAAAUCUUGCUUAAGUUUUACCGAAUAAAAAGGCAAAGGUGGAUGAUUGCCCGCCAACUACUCUUUCAGUUUAUUAUUAGGUGUUAACUAAGCUUUUUUUGAAGUUAGGACUUAGUAAGUGAUCAAUUUGCUCUUGUGCCUUGUGCAGUCCUCACUAGUCGUGAGAUUUACUGAGUCGUGACUGUCAAUACAUGUUUCCAUACAUACUAAAUUCAUUUUCUUUGAUUCCAAUUGAGUAUUUCCAUUUAGUUUUCUCUGAUAUUACCAUAGUCACAUGUUUUA